CAUCCGACGUACACGGUCGAGAGGACUUCCGCCUCUCUCCGACUGCUUGUUGUUUUGAGGCGUGAAAGAGAGAAAAAGGAGCAUUUCAACAACACAGUUAACUACGAUUUAACACAAUGACUGUAGAGGCUGUGUCCAGUGUGUGGGUUCACCUGUACCUCUGACCUCCUGUGCCUCCCCCAGGCUGUAGAGGGUUGUGGGUUGUGAGCAGCAGUGAGUGUCCUCUACUCCAGCACCUCCAGAGCACCAGCAGCAGCCUGCCACCCAGCCAGACAUCUCAACCCCCCCCUUCCUCAGCCAGACCCCCCCAGCGGGGUAACAGCCCACCAGCAUGGAGGCCUCCUUCGGCCCCACCUUCUCAGCCGUGGUUCCUGGAGCUAAAACGGAAGCCUCCGGUACCUACAAGCAGCACCGCCGUACCCCCUCGUCCUCCAGUACCCUCACAUACUCGCCACGAGACGACGAGGAUGGCAUGCUCCCCAUCAGCACCCCGAGGCGUUCUGACUCUGCCAUCUCGGUGCGUUCCCUCCUCUCUGAGUCCAACAUGUCUCUCCGCUCGACUUUCUCUCUUCACGAGGACGACGACGACACGGAGCCCCUGGUGUUUGCAGAGCAGCCGUCAGUGAAGCUGUGUUGUCAGCUCUGCUGCAGCGUCUUCAAAGACCCUGUCAUCACCACCUGUGGGCACACCUUCUGCAGGCGAUGUGCCUUGACCUCCGAUAAGUGUCCGGUGGACACGGCUAAGUUGACGGUGGUGGUGAACAACAUAGCUGUAGCAGAACAGAUAGGAGAGCUGUUUAUCCACUGUAAAUACGGCUGCCGGCUCUUAAACACCACCCCCACUUCCCCCAACGGGGCCGGAGGAGGGGCUUCCCCCAACGGGGCCGGAGGAGGGGCUUCCCCCAGCGGGGCCGGAGGAGGCACUACUGCUAGUCGGGGUGAAGGGACACCUAAGAUGGGAGGACCUGGGAACUUUGAGGUUGAUCCAAUGGGCUGUCCUUUUACCAUCAAGCUCACCACACGCAAGGAGCACGAGGUGAGCUGUGACUACCGUCCAGUGCGCUGUCCCAACAACCCCUCCUGCCCUCCUCUCCUCACCAUGAACCUGGAGGGACACCUAAAGGAAUGUGAACACAUCAAGUGCCCUCACUCCAAAUACGGAUGUGCGUUUAUCGGUAACCAGGAUACGUAUUCCACCCAUCUGGACCUGUGUAAGUUUGAAGGGCUGAAGGAGUUCCUGCAGCAGACAGAUGACAGGUUCCAUGAGAUGCAGGUGACCCUGUCUCAGAAGGACCAGGACAUUGCCUUCCUGAGGUCCAUGCUGGGGAAACUGUCUGAGAAACUGGACCAGCUGGAGAAGAACCUGGAACUGAAGUUUGAUGUCCUGGAUGAGAACCAGAGUAAGCUGAGUGAAGACCUGAUGGAGUUUAGGAGAGAUGCCUCCAUGCUCAACGAUGAGUUGUCCCACAUCAACGCCAGACUCAACAUGGGCAUCCUGGGCUCCUACGACCCCCAGCAGAUCUUUAAAUGUAAAGGGACGUUCGUAGGUCACCAGGGGCCAGUCUGGUGUCUGUGUGUCUACUCUACAGGGGACCUGCUCUUCUCUGGGUCCUCGGACAAGACCAUCAAGGUGUGGGAUACCUGCACCACCUAUAAAUGUCAGAAGACUCUGGAGGGUCAUGAUGGAAUCGUGCUGGCACUGUGUAUACAGGGGAACAGACUGUAUAGUGGCUCAGCUGACUGCACCAUCAUAGUGUGGGACGUCCAGACCCUGCAGAAGGUGAACACAAUCCGUGCCCAUGACAACCCGGUGUGUACGCUGGUGUCCUCCCACAGCAUGCUGUUCAGCGGAUCCCUCAAGGCCAUCAAGGUGUGGGACAUAGUGGGGACAGAGUUGAAGCUGAAGAAGGAGUUAACAGGACUGAACCACUGGGUUCGUGCUCUGGUGGCCUCUCAGAACCACCUCUACAGUGGAUCAUACCAGACCAUCAAGAUCUGGGACAUCCGUUCCCUGGACUGUGUUCAUGUCCUCCAGACCAGUGGGGGCAGUGUCUAUUCCAUCGCUGUCACCAACCAUCACAUCGUCUGUGGCACCUACGAGAACCUUAUACAUGUCUGGGAUAUAGAGUCCAAGGAGCAGGUCCGGACCCUAACAGGUCAUGUGGGAACAGUGUACGCUCUAGCAGUCAUCUCUACACCAGACCAGACCAAGGUGUUCAGCGCCUCCUAUGACCGCUCACUCAGGGUGUGGAGCAUGGACAACAUGAUCUGUACCCAGACCCUCCUCAGACACCAGGGAAGUGUGACCGCCCUGGCCGUCAGCAGGGGGCGCCUGUUCUCUGGAGCUGUGGACAGCACCGUCAAGGUGUGGACAUGUUAGAGGAUGCUGAUUGGUUUGAGAGGUUGCUGUUGAGGAGAGCAGCUGUAUGUUCCAACCUCAGUGGACCACCCUGUGUCAAACGGACCAUAUGAACUCUGACACACACACACACACACUGAUUGGUUCAUCCUUCAGGAUCAUGACUGUUUUUAAUAUCUCUACUAUAUGAACUUUAACCCCUGAUGUGGGCGGGGUCAGAAGUGAUCACGACCUUUGUGUCCUUAGCCCAGUGCAUUAUGGGUGGAGCUGCCAUACCUUAGCUCUGCCCACUGACGACACCAGCCCUCCCCUGAUUGGGACAAUUCCAGAACUGUGUACUGAAGACUUGUUAGCUCCCCAAGUUAAUGCCUUGGCUUCAGUUCAGUCCCCCGGGGGACUGGACCGGUACUGACCCGGAGGACUGGACUGGUACUGACCCGGGGGACUGAACCGUGGGACUGGACCGUUACUGACCCGGGGGACUGGACCGCUACUGACCCGGGGGACUGGACCGCUACUGACCCGGGGGACUGGACCGUUACUGACCCGGGGGACUGAACCGUUACUGACCCGGGGAACUGGACCGUUACUGACUGGACCGUUACUGACCCGGGGGACUGGACCGUUACUGACCCGGGAGGACUGGACCGGUACUGACCCGGGGGGACUGGACCGGUACUGACCCGGGGGGGACGGACCGGUACUGACCCGGGGGGACUGACGUCAGUGUUUUAGAAUGGAAAGUGAUGGGCUCUGCUAGCAACAACUAGGCUGUGUUCACCACUACUCUGCAGCUCUGUGUUUAGUGCCAUGAUGAUGAUGAUGGUGGUGUUGAUGAUGAUGCCAUGUAGGCUGUGUUCAGGACCACUACGCAGCGAAUGUGUCAACGGUUUGAAAUGAUCUGUACCAUACUGAAAUAUGUCCGUCAUUAAGAAGACUGUGUGAAUGCGAGAGAUGCCUCCAUUAUCCCUGUUUUCUCUUUGUCUCCUCCCUCCUCUGGUUCUCUCUUUACUAACCGUGAAACAUGAAGAGAACUGAUCAUGUGAUCAGUCGGGGGGGGUAAUGUAGAAACUGAUCAUGUCAAUGUGAUCAGUCGGGGGGGGGGGGGGUGUAAAUGUAGAAACUGAUCAUGUCAAUGUGUUACUAAUUGAUGUGAUCAGUCUGGGGGGUAAUGUAGAAACUAAUCAUGUCAAUGUGAUCAGUCGGGGGAGGGGGUAAUGUAGAAACCGAUUAUGUCAAUGUGUUACUAAUUGAUGUGAUCAGUCUGGGGGGGUAAUGUAGAAACUGAUCAUGUUAAUGUGAUCAGUCUGGGGGAAUGUAGAAACCGAUCACGUAAAUGUGUUAUCAUUUGAUGUGAUCAGUCCGGGGGUAAUGUAGUAAUAUAUGUGAUCAGUCUGGGGGUAAUGUAGUAAUAUAUGUGAUCAGUCUGGGGGUAAUGUAGAAACUGAUCAUGUCAAUGUGUUACUAAUUGAUGUGAUCAGUCUGGGAGGGUAAUGUAGUAAUAUAUAUGUGAUCAGUCUGGGGGUAAUGUAGUAAUACAUGUGAUCAGUCUGGGGGUAAUGUAGAAAACUGAUCAUGCCAAUGUGUUACUAAUUGAUGUGAUCAGUCUGGGGGGUAAUGUAGUAACAUAUGUGAUCAGUCUGGGGGUAAUGUAGAAACUGAUCAUGUCAAUGUGUUACUAAUUGAUGUGAUCAGUCUGGGGGGUAAUGUAGUAAUAUAUGUGAUCAGUCUGGGGGGGGUAAUGUAGUAAUAUAUGUGAUCAGUCUGGGGGUAAUGUAGAAACUGAUCAUGUCAAUGUGUUACUAAUUGAUGUGAUCAGUCUGGGGGGGGGGGUAAUGUAGUAAUAUAUGUGAUCAGUCUGGGGGUAAUGUAGAAACUGAUCAUGUCUUCUCUCUUAUCCUCGAUCUGUUAGAUGUUCUCUUGUAUACUUGAUGUACGCCUGAUUUAUCUGAUCAUUAAAAUACUGUACACUUUGAA